GCAGUACAGUAGUUAAUGCCUUCAAUCAUAAUCCUCAAUCAAAUACCAGAUAUUCCCUCUGCCACAAGCCCACAACCUUCUCUGAUCUUCUCUCUUCCACCAACCAAAACCAAAGCACCAAAAAGAAUAAGUGGAACAACAAAGAACACAACCAUUUCAAUCCAAACCCACCACCAUUCUCUCACUUUCUUCACAAACCAACGCCACCCCAUCUCCUGUCUCCUCCAUUAUGGCUCAAAGAUUCAUCCUUUACUGGCUUCUGCUCCUCUUCCUCACAAACCCUUCAACCUCCGACGACCUCGAGCUCAUCUACAACGGCUUUCACGGCGGCAGCAGCAACAUGACCCUUAACGGCGUCGCAGAGAUUGAACCCAACGGAAUGUUGAAGCUCACAAACCAGACUCUCCGUGUCCUCGGCCACGCCUUCUACUCCUCCCCAGUCAGAUUCCGCAGCUCCACAACUCGUAAAGCCUUCUCCUUCUCAACUGCUUUUGCCUUAUCUAUUCACCCGGAGUACCCAAAACUCGGCGGCCACGGCCUCGCCUUCGUCAUCUCACCGUCCAAAGAGCUACCGGGAUCUCUUCCCAGCCAGUACCUCGGGAUUCUCAACUCCACAGUCGUCGGAAACUUCUCCAACCACAUCUUCGCAGUUGAGUUCGACACAGUUCGAGACUUUGAGUUCGGUGAUAUUAAUGACAACCAUGUUGGGAUCGACAUAAACAGCUUGGCUUCUAAUGCUUCCACUGCAGCUGCGUAUUACGGUGGUCGGAACUCGACGAAGAAAGACCUCAAUCUGAAAAGUGGGGAUGUGAUCCAAGCUUGGGUGAGUUAUGAUGCAGACAAGAACCAAGUGACUGUUAAGCUUUCACCUACUUCUGUACAACCUAGUACUUCGAUCUUGACGCUCGAUGUAGAUCUGUCUCCGAUUUUUCAGGAUUAUAUGUAUGUUGGGUUCUCAGCUUCAACUGGGUUGUUGGCUAGUUCUCACUAUAUAUUGGGAUGGAGUUUCAAGAUGAAUGGAGAUGCACAGUCUCUGUAUUUGGAGACUCUGCCCAAGUUUCCGAAGCCAAAAAAGUCGCACAAAGUUCUGAUAAUUGGUUUUUCAGUUGCUGCUGCUUUGGUGUUUGUGUUUGGUUGUGGUGUUUUGGGUUUCUAUAUGGUUAGGAAGAUCAAGAACCGUGAUGUGAUUGAAGCUUGGGAGCUUGAUAUUGGUCCUCAUAGGUUUCCAUACAGGGAGCUGAAGAAGGCCACAAGGCAUUUUAGGGAAAAAGAGGUGAUCGGUUUUGGUGGAUUUGGGAAAGUCUACAAAGGGACUUUGCCGAAUUCGGAUACACAAGUUGCGGUGAAGCGUAUAUCUCAUGAUUCGAGGCAGGGUUUGCAAGAGUUUGUGUCUGAGAUUGCGAGUAUUGGCAGGCUUCGCCAUAGGAAUUUGGUUCAGUUGUUGGGGUGGUGUAGAAGAAGAGGAGAUUUGCUGCUUGUGUAUGACUUCAUGCCUAAUGGGAGCUUGGACAAGUACUUGUUUGAGAAUCCCAGAGCGAUUUUGAGCUGGGAGCAGAGGUUUAAGAUUGUCAAGGGUGUGGCUUCAGGGCUGUUGUACCUGCAUGAAGGGUGGGAGCAAACUGUGAUUCAUAGAGAUAUUAAGGCUGGGAAUGUGUUGCUUGAUGCUGAGAUGAAUGGGAGGCUUGGUGACUUUGGCCUUGCGAAGCUGUAUGAGCAUGGUUCAAACCCAACAACUACUAGAGUGGUUGGCACAUUGGGGUACCUUGCACCUGAGCUCACCAGAACUGGUAAACCAACUCCAAGUUCUGAUGUGUUUGCUCUUGGUGCUCUUUUGCUUGAGGUGGUGUGUGGGAGAAGGCCCAUUGAGCCGAAAGCGCUGCCUGAGGAGCUCAUUUUGGUCGAUUGGGUUUGGGAUAAGUGGAGAGCUGGUUCCAUUCUUGAUGUUGUGGAUCCUAAAUUGGAGGGUGAGUUUGAUGAGUAUGAGGUGGCUGUGGUGCUCAAGUUAGGCAUAAUGUGUUCCAACAAUGUGCCCGAGGCAAGGCCAAUAAUGAGGCAGGUAGUGAGGUACUUGGAAGGCGAGGUGGCGCUGCCGGACGCAGUGUCAUCUCCGGGGGCUUAUGAAAGUUCAAAAGGCGGCGGUAAUGGUAGUACUGGUGGUGAGUUUGAGGAUUAUGUGCAUUCCUUUUCGUAUCCUCCAUCAUCAUAUUUUGAUAAGGCAAGUACUUGGUCGUGUGAUGAAGGGGACGUAGAUUUUGAAGCUGGUUCAAGCUCAUCACCUCCCUCAGAACCUGGUAAAGCUGGUGGUAACUGCCCAAGAUAGUGUCAAAUUUCUCUGUUUUUUUUUUCUUUCUUUUAUGGAUCAAUAUUUCUUGUUGAGUCAUUAUAGAGCUAUCCUAGAUUGAUGUAAUAUUGAUCAUUGUCCCACCCCUUUGGGGGUUGUAAAUUAUCUGUUACAUGAUGUUCCUCUAAUCUUUAUAGAAAGCUGCUGCUUCUUCAUCUGUAAUGUA